AUGGUGGAAAUCUGGAAGAAACGAUGGAAAAAUUCUGAAGUACGGAACGUUUCACCGAUAAACAACCCAGAACUGAAAGUCCCAGGUUUUGAUCUCCCGAGGGCGUUAUGGACAACACUAAACAGAGCAAGCACAGAACAAGGGAAAUGCAACUACCUAAUGCACAAAUGGGGAAAGGUAGAAUCCCCACUCUGUGCAUGCGGAAUGUAUCAAACGAUACGCCAUAUCGUUGAUAACUAUCGCCCACAAACAUAUUUUGAAGGAGGACUGGAGAAACUUCAUAAAGCAGAGGAGGAUACAGUGAAAUGGAUGGAGAACCUGAAGUUAAGACUGUAA